GUCAGUUUUGUUCCAUGUUUUCGUGACCAACAUGAAAGAACAUUGUUGUUCUUCAAAGGCUCCGCUGUCCCGAGGCUCCGCCCCCUUUAUACCGUGCGACAACAACAACUCAUCCACAGAGCGGAGCUGCACUUUUCAGCUCAUUUUCCUCCUGUCAUUCCUCCUCCUAUCUUUGAUCACUGUCUCACAGCCCCCCUCCCCAAAAAAAGAAAGAAAGAAAGACAGAAAAACUCCGCUCUUUUUACUCCCCAACUCCUCUGAGGAGCUCAACUCGUGGAUUCUUUCAUUUGUGUCUCGGCAGGCUGGGUUUUUAUACUUUGAACUUCGGCUCCACUCUUCCCCCUCCUGUAGGUGACCAUGGCCAUACCGGCUGCUCUCAUCCCACCAACUCCUCUCGUCCCGCCGCCUCCGAUCUCCACUCCUUCCGCGACGACGUCCCCGCCGUCGGCAACUUCAUCGCCGUCUCCAUCCCUGGUCCCGCCGCCUCUGCCGCCGCCAGGACCGGGCCAGAACCUCUUCAGAUCGGAGCUCCUCGCCACCAGCAGCCCGGGCAUCCCGACUCCGAACGCCGGUCUGCCGCCGAGCAAACCCGUGUACUCGACCCCGUCGCCGGUGGAGAACAUUCCGCAGAACAACGAGUGCAAAAUGGUGGAGCUGCGCGGUGCCAAAGUGGCCUCGUUCACGGUGGACGGCUGUGAGCUCAUCUGCCUCCCGCAGGCGUUCGACCUGUUCCUGAAGCACCUGGUCGGCGGGCUGCACACCGUCUACACCAAGCUGAAGCGGCUGGAGAUCACGCCGGUGGUGUGCAACGUGGAGCAGGUGCGCAUCCUCAGAGGGCUCGGCGCGAUCCAGCCCGGCGUCAACCGCUGCAAACUCAUCUCCAGAAAGGACUUCGAGACUCUUUACAACGACUGCACCAACGCGAGCUCCAGACCCGGACGGCCUCCGAAGAGGACUCAGAGUGUGACAUCGCCGGAGAACCCCCACAUCAUGCCCCACUCGGUCCCCGGGCUCAUGUCUCCUGGCAUGAUCCCCCCGACAGGCCUGACAGCGGCGGCGGCGGCAGCCGCCAACGCAGCCAUCGCAGAGGCCAUGAAGGUCAAGAAGAUCAAGCUGGAGGCAAUGAGCAGCUAUCACAGCAACGCCAACCACCACGGCGCCGAUGGAGAGAACGGAGACCUGAGCUCCAGCGUCGGCCUGGAACUUCCCUUCAUGAUGAUGCCCCACCCCCUGAUUCCAGUCAGCCUGCCCCCAGCCUCCGUCACCAUGGCGAUGAGCCAGAUGAACCAUCUCAGCACUAUUGCCAACAUGGCCGCCGCAGCUCAAGGCCAGAGUCUGCCCUCCAGAAUGGUCACCUCUGUUAUAAAGGGGUUGCAGGAACGGGUGCAGGAUAGUCCCUCACCUGCUCCUUCUUUAGAAGACAACAGGAGGCCGGGCAGUCACCCAUCGUCCCACCGCAGCAGCAGCGUAUCCAGCUCCCCCGCGCACACAGAAAGCUCCUCGGACAGGAUACCCACACACCACAAUGGCCUGUUUAUGAACCAAGCCUUGCUAGGUCUGUCCCCCAACAUCCCGCCUGGGCCCAAAGAAGGAGACGUGGCCCACGACAUGAGCCACGAAACAAAGAGGAUGCACACUGACAAAGAGGACAAUUCAAUGUGCACCCCGACAGCCAGAGAUAGCUACGAAAGGUUGUCAUUGGCUGGACAAGCCCUGCCCCCUGGCUUCCCAUCACCUUUCCUCUUCCCAGAUGGCUUGUCGUCAAUAGAGACGCUCCUCACCAACAUUCAGGGUCUGCUGAAAGUGGCGAUUGACAAUGCCCGGGCUCAGGAGAAACAGGUGCAGCUGGAGAAGACCGAGCUGAAGAUGGAGCUGUUCAGAGAGCGGGAGCUCAGGGAGACUCUGGAGAAACAACUCGCGAUGGAACAGAAGAACAGAGCAAUCAUCCAGAAGCGCCUGAAGAAGGAGAAGAAAGCCAAGAGGAAACUCCAAGAAGCUCUGGAGUACGAAUCCAAGAGGCGAGAGCAAGUGGAGCAGUCGCUGAAGCAGCCGUCGCCGUCCGACAGCAUGCGCUCGCUCAACGACGCUCUGACCCCUGAGAUGGAGAGUGACCGCAGCAGUGGAAGAACAGAUGCUGAAAGGACAAUACAAGUUUAUAAUUCCAUAGCAGCGCUGCUGAAAACCAAAGACUGGAGGGCAACAUGUUGAAUCUUCUGAAAGAUGGAAGACUCUUCCUGAAAACCGCGGUGAUGUACUGAUGAGACUGCGAAGAGCUGGAGGGGAUUUCAGAAGAAAAAAACAGAGAAAAAAAAUUCUAAAUAUAUACAAAAAGAAAGAAAAGAAACACAUGAAGAUCGUCGCGAGCCCGUGAUCAGGCUGAUUUAAUUGUGGAAAGAAGUCGAGCUGCUUGUCAAGAGUUCAGUGGAAAGGCUGCGUUGACCCAAAUGCUGGACCGGGUUUUGUGUGAAUGUUGAAUAAACGUCUUAUUUCUCACAGAGGCCAACAUUCAAUCUUUUGAUUAAAAACUGGUUUGGACACAACGGGUUGGCCGCCGUGAUGGAUAGACAAAUAUAUUGAGCACAGUCAAACGUACCCAUGGUACACUGAUGGUAAUAACUCAUCAACACGCAGCACUGAAGAUUUUUAUACUGUAUCUCAGCCAGCCAGAAGGCUUCGAAAAAAGAAAUUCGACUGAAGUUUCAUUUUUGUAUUUCAAAUUCAAUUUUUGUGGAUAAGAUUUUAAAAAAACGAAAGAAAAGAAGAAGAAGUGAAUCGAUCCACGUGUUCAACAAAAGAGAAGACUGAUGUUUGACUGUCAUGUUUUCUAAAUUAGAUGAGAAUACAAUCAAGUUUCCUUUUUACCAUUGUUGUACAUACAAGAUGUGAUGAUAACAACAAGAAAAGUCACUCCACCAGAAGCCAGUGGACUGAUAAGGUAUGUGUAUAUAACGCUAAGAGGUAUUGUGUAUGCAGUAGAACUAUUAGGCAAACAAUACCGACAUUUAUAUAAACCUACACUUUGGUUUUGUUCUCUUUCUGAGCCAUCAUUCUUUCCUCUAGCUGCCAUUUUGGUGAGAAAGCAUGCAGGCAUGUAAAUGUUCGUCCUGGAAUUAUCAUAUUUAACAAAUCCUAUAUUGUGCUGAAGAAAUCCUCGGGCUGCCUCAUGCAAAGCCCAGAUGUUUUUCAGUCAUAAUUAUCAAACAUUUCACUUUCAAAUGAAGACUUUUUUGCUGUCAAUAGUACUGUAAUCUUUGUAACAGAGGUAAUAUUUCUUGGACUUUACUGUACAUUUUGUCAUAAAAUAUCAACACCUCUCAGCGCUCUUUUUUUUUGUCGGAAGAAAAUGCAAAUUGAUCACGUGUCGAUAAUUGGUUUUUAAAUUCCUCUUCAACACAAGCGAAGGCAGAUUUUUCUUCUGUUGUUUCAGAAUGUGAUUUGUUGUAUCCUGAUGGACAAAAGAAAAAAAUAUUUUCUUUCACUGAAGACAGACACCGGUGUAUAUUCUCUUGACCCGAGCUGAUGUCGGGCAUUGAACUGAGAACCUUCUGUGCUCCAUUCAGAAGACGAGGGGGCGUGUCCCACCUUCACGAUGUGUCUGUUCUUUUUGUUCUCAAUGGAGUGUCUGUUAGGUCUGUUGUCAACUUGUCACUGAUAACUUAUAUAGCUUCUUGAAUCAUCUCUUCAUUGUAUUUCAAAUUCAAAUAAAGUUAACAUGUUGAUGAUAAA